AUGCUGAGUGUCUUGGAAACCGUAGCCGCUGAAGCAGACAUCGCGAUCACACAGGCCGCAAACGAACCACCACCGCUUGUUCACGGUCCUUACACCCGAGAAGGCAAGCCGCCGAUCCUCAUCUUACCGCACACUACAAGCAGGAAGUCGGACACCGUCAGCACUCGGCAGCUAUGGCGAAUGUUGGACGACGGCACCGACCCAGCCGUAGACUCAGGGCUGAGAGAGGGUUUGCGCUUCUUCACCGAGGAUGGCCUUAUUUACUACGUCGAUCCGGUCAAUCGCGCGCCUCGCUUGUGCAUACCACCCUCACUCCAGCACGAGAUCUUCGAAGCCGUACACGAUCAUCGUCACCAUGCCGGCAUUGAGAGGUGCCUAGACCGCAUUGGCGCCACCUUUUACAUCCGCCACUGCAAGAAGAACCUUCAAGACUGGUCGGUUAUGCGAGCGCUGAUCUCAGAUCGUAAUCCGAAAUGGCUUUCGGACUUCUUCACCGGAUUGCUAAAGGCGUUAGGAGCACGACUGCUCGCAUUAACAGCUUACCACCCUCAGACAGACGGCCAGACUUGGACAGACGUCUUGCCAUCCUUAACUUCCUACAUCGGCAGCUCGAAGAACGCGAGCACCGGAGUCUUACCCGAUCAGAUGCUGUUCGGCUUCAACCUCAACACUGACGCCUUCAUCGGCCUGCGCGAACUCCCACCUGCAGACUAUACUAAACUCCGCCAGCAAUAUCGCGACGCAGCUGAUGAGGCCCUCGCAUUCGCAGCAGUGGACAUGAAAUACCGAUACGACAAGACUCACAAGCGUAUAUCCUUCGACGCUGGAGACUACGUCUACCUUAGACUCCACCAUAGCUACCGCAUCUAG